UGGCGGCCCUAACCUAAGGCUUUGUUAGUCAGUUUUCCGGCCUUUUAAUAAUGUCUUUAAUGAAUUUUUGAAAGUGUUCUGCUCUGAUAAAGCCUUGUGAGUGUAAAUAACUGUGCUCGUAGUUGGAGUGUCUACUCAGUCACCAAGAUGGGUCCUGAUAAUACAAAUCCGGGCCGAAAUGUUUUCAGCCCGAACCAGAUCCAGCAACUACGAGCCCAAAUCCUUGCUUAUCGGACUCUAGCACGGAAUCUCCCGCUGAAUCAAAGUAUACCUCUCAACCCGCAAGACAAAUGGAUGGCACCAGAGUCGCAACCAAUGCCACCUCAAGGGAUGCAGCCACCUGAGCAAAAUUUUAACCAGCCGUACCCUCCAAGUGAGCAAAGUGAGAUGCAGAUGCCUCCAGGAGCCUCGGGUCCUCCUGGGCCGCCCGGUCCUCCAAUGCAUAUGCAGCGCCCACCCAUGCCUAAUUCUUCCAUUCCACUUGAUUCACCCUCUGCAAUUAGGGGCAGAUCACCCGGUCCCAUAGGCCCUGGUAUUCCUACAGUUGGUCCAGUUGGUCCUGGUGGGCCCGUCGGUCCAGUUGUUCCAAAUUCUCAUGGAAUGCCUGGUCAUAUGAUUCCUGUAGGUCCUGGAGGUCCAGUCGGUCCUGUAGGUACAAUGCCUCCUGGCAGUCCUGUCCUUCCUGGUGGCCCUGUUGGUAUGCCACCUCCUGGUGCAACGGUGGGUCCAGUAGCAACAGUUGGCCCCGGUCCUAUACCUGUACCGGUUAUCCCAGGUCCAGGAGGUCAGGUUGUUCCCAUUCAACCGGGACAACCACCUCUUCCCAAUCAGCAACAAUUCAAUCAAAAACAACAAGCCCAAUUGAAACUUAAUCGUGUAACUACAGUAUCUCGACCCACUGGAAUAGAUCCGCUUCAGUUGCUCGAAGAGAAGGAGAAUCGAAUCAACGCUCGAAUUGCUCACCGAAUGAUUGAGCUGUACAAUCUACCCACCAACAUGUCAGAAGAUUUACGAAUAAAAGCACAAAUAGAGCUCAAAGCGCUGCGUUGUUUAAAUUUCCAAAGGCAAUUGAGGCGUGAAAUAGUUGCCUGCACUCGACGUGACACCACUCUAGAAACUGCCGUGGACCCCAGAGCAUACAAACGUAUCAAGAGGCAGAGUUUGAGAGAAGCUCGUGCCACUGAAAAGCUUGAGAAACAACGAAGAAUCGAAGCUGAGAGGAAUCGUCGUCAGAAACACCAAGAAUAUUUAUGUGCUGUUUUACAACAUUGCAAAGACUUUAAAGACUUCCAUAACAGUAACAGGACAAAAUUGGUCAACAUCAACAAAGCUGUACUUAAUUAUCAUGUCAAUGCUGAACGAGAACAAAAGAAAGAGCAAGAAAGAAUUGAAAAGGAACGUAUGCGCCGCCUGAUGGCAGAAGAUGAAGAAGGUUACAGGAAACUUAUCGAUCAGAAGAAAGACAAACGCUUGGCUUUCCUCCUUUCCCAAACAGAUGAAUAUAUCAGUAAUUUAACAGAAAUGGUGAAACAGCACAAGCUUGAACAAGAGCGGAAACACAAAGAAGCAAUGAGAAAGAAAGAAGAACAACAAAAAGAUAAUGAUACAGAUGCGGCUGAUGAAAAUGAAAAAGAAAAGAGCGAGGAAGAAAAAGCAAAAGCUGAGCCUAUUGUCAAAGCCCCUGAGGUGAAAAAGGAGGGGGAGAAUGCUGAGGAAGCGAUAGACACUGAGGAGGCGAAGCAAGUGAUAACGAAAGCAAAAGCUGAAGAUGACGAGUACAAAACUACAUCUGAGGAGUUAAGUUAUUACAGCAUUGCUCACACAAUAUCAGAAAUUGUGAUGGAGCAAGCUUCCAUAAUGGUCAAUGGUAAAUUGAAAGAAUAUCAAAUUAAAGGUCUUGAGUGGCUGGUUUCUCUGUACAAUAAUAAUUUAAAUGGCAUUUUAGCAGAUGAAAUGGGUCUUGGCAAAACCAUUCAGACAAUUGCUUUAAUUACUUAUCUAAUGGAGAAGAAAAAGCUUAAUGGACCUUUCUUGAUCAUUGUACCCCUCUCAACUUUAUCGAACUGGGUCCUCGAGUUCGAAAAAUGGGCGCCCUCUGUUUCUAUUGUUGCCUACAAAGGUUCACCCGGUGUCAGGCGAGCUUUGCAAAGCCAAAUGAAUUCAUCCCUAUUCAAUGUUCUCAUCACUACUUAUGAAUAUGUCCUGAAGGAUAAAUCUGUGCUAACCAAGUUCGACUGGAAGUAUAUGAUAAUGGACGAAGGACAUCGGAUGAAGAACCACCAUUGUAAAUUGACACAAGUUUUGAAUUCGCAUUACAAUACAUCGCAUCGUUUGCUUCUCACUGGCACCCCUCUUCAGAAUAAACUGCCAGAAUUGUGGGCCCUUUUGAAUUUCCUGCUUCCCUCAAUUUUCAAGUCUUGCUCCACCUUCGAGCAAUGGUUUAAUGCUCCUUUUGCAACCACUGGAGAAAAGGUUGAACUUAAUGAAGAAGAAACUAUCCUUAUUAUUCGGCGUCUACAUAAAGUAUUGAGGCCUUUCCUUCUGCGACGUUUGAAGAAAGAAGUAGAAUCGCAGCUGCCUGAUAAGGUUGAACACAUUAUCAAAUGUGAAAUGUCAGGACUUCAACGAGUUUUGUAUAGACAUAUGCAGAGCAAAGGUGUGCUUCUUACUGAUGGUUCAGAAAAAGGAAAAUCAGGAUCUGGUAGUACAAAGGCACUUAUCAAUACAAUUAUGCAGCUGCGGAAACUAUGCAAUCAUCCAUUCAUGUUCCAAAACAUUGAAGAAAAGUACUCGGAGCAUGUUGGUUUCACCGCUGGUUUUGUCACCGGUCCUGAUCUGUAUCGCUCAUCUGGGAAGUUCGAGUUACUUGAUCGUAUUUUGCCAAAGUUUAAGGAAACUGGUCACAAGGUUUUAAUGUUCUGUCAAAUGACUCAGCUCAUGACUGUCCUGGAAGACUUCUUGAACUGGCGCGGUUUUACUUACCUGAGAUUGGAUGGCUCAACCAAAUCUGAAGAUCGUGGUGAGCUCCUGCGAAAAUUCAAUCACCCUGACAGCGAAUACUUCUUAUUCUUACUCAGUACCAGAGCUGGUGGUCUAGGUCUCAAUUUGCAGUCCGCUGACACUGUUAUCAUCUUUGACUCAGAUUGGAAUCCUCAUCAGGACUUACAAGCUCAAGACAGAGCCCAUCGAAUCGGACAAAAGAAUGAAGUGCGUGUGCUCCGGUUGAUGACGGUCAACUCAGUUGAAGAGCGUAUCCUUGCUGCUGCUCGAUAUAAGUUGAACAUGGAUGAAAAGGUUAUUCAAGCUGGUAUGUUCGAUCAGAAAUCUACCGGGAGUGAACGGCAGCAGUUCUUGCAUGACAUCUUGCAUCAGGAUGAAUCUGAUGAUGAGGAAGAAAAUGAAGUACCUGAUGAUGAAACCGUCAACCGGAUGAUAGCGCGUAGUGAAGGUGAGUUCGAGUUAUUCCAAAAGAUGGACUUGGAAAGGCGAAGAGAAGAAGCGAAACUGGGAGCAGCACGUAAAUCUCGACUGAUCGAAGAAUCGGAACUUCCUGCUUGGCUGAUUAAAGAAGAUGACGAGGUUGAUGCAUGGGAGUGCCAAGAAGAAGAAAAUGUUCAGAUGGGAAGAGGCUCCAGGGCUCGAAAAGAAGUUGAUUACACUGAUGGCCUCACUGAAAAGGAGUGGCUAAACAUGAUUGAUGAAGGAAUAGAGGAUGAAGAUGACUUGAAAGUUUCGAAAAAAUCUCGCAAGCGCCGCCGAGAGAAAGAUGAUGAAGAUGGUGGGCGGUCGAGCAAAGCAUCUAGAUCAAGUGAUUAUGAAUAUAAGUCUGGAUCUGGUGGAUCUUCAGGAUCUGGUGACAAACGCCUGAGGAAACAGAUGCGUAAACUGAUGAACAUAGUUGUUAAGUACAAAGACAGUGACCAACGUGUAUUGAGUGAGCCUUUCAUGAAACUGCCAUCUCGAAAAGAAUUACCGGACUAUUAUGAAGUAAUCAAAAAACCUAUGGAUAUAAAGAAAAUAUUGACAAAGAUUGAUGCUGGCAAAUACAAUGACCUAGAUGAUCUAGAAAAGGAUUUCAUGCAGUCAUGUAAGAAUGCUCAAGUGUAUAACGUUGAAGGAUCCCUCAUUUACGAAGAUUCCAUUAUUUUGCAAUCAGUCUUCACAAACGCAAGGCAGAGAUUGGACACCGAAGGAGACGGAGGUGGAGAAGAGGAAGAAGAAUAGAAAUUGUGCGAUCCGCAGUAUUUAGGUUUCCAUCCCUUUUAACUUGAUCAAAUGAUUUUUUUAGAUUUAGUGACUAAUAAAUGAUGUAGGACUUGUGACUUACUCUUGCUGCGUGUACAUAAGGCUCUAAUAUUAAUAUUGACUGUGCAAAAAUUCUAUUAAUGAGUUUCUUUUCAUUGUAGACACUUAAAGAUUUUUUUAAACUUGAGUUUAGUUUUCAUUAGGCUUUUCGUAUCUCAAUAAUACUUAAUGCCUAAAAUAUCUACAUUUCCGACAAACUCUACCUUGGUUGUUAACUUUUAUGAACACUUGUUCCUAUGAUGCGUCUACUCUCUCCGUAAGAGACUUAAAUGAAUUGUCUUACAGGGGCACGAUCAUGAUAAAACAGUUUAAAUUAUGAUCUGCUGAUAAAAUAACCGCAGAUUCUGAAUGAUGCACUAGGAUUAUCUUUGAUUUAUUAAUUUUAAAAGUGUUGACCUUUAAUUGACAUUUUGAGGUCAAAAAAUUGAAACCCCCUCCCCCCUUUCCGCCCGCUAUAGCACUACUCGCACAUUUUCUAUUAAUGUGUCCUCUAGCCUUUUAUAACUAUUUUGCGUGCUCUUUUCUCAAUCUUGAGAAUCUUAGACACGUAAGGGUGUAAUUGUGUAGUCAAUGCUACAUUUGUAUUUUUAACUCCAAAGCUUGGUACAAGCAAAUUUUUUGUACAUAUUCACCAUCUUGAAAAUUGACUCAAUGUUUUCAAUCACCUCAGCUCUCAGAAUUACGAGAGGUCAGAAAAUAAGGAUUUUAUGAAUAGCAAUUCGUAUCCCAAACAUACACUAGUCUAAGUUUUUACCGCCCAAUCCAUGAGUGCUACACCCAGUUGAAAUGAGUAGAAAAGCAUAAUUUCCUUUCACUGUUUUUUCUUUUUUUCUGAAAAUAUUAAAAUUCCCCUUCGUCUAAAAACUUCUAAUUAUCUCCCCUCCCCUCUAUGCACAAACGUGUCGAUUCUCUUGAAACCAACCGUUGCGAGAAAUUUCGUUUUUACCUCCUCUCAUUUUGUACCUCUAAUCCAUGUAGGUCAAUUUGACGACUGGUCUCAUGUUCAUUUAUAAAUAUCCUUUCACUAUCGUCUAUGAAGAACCUACUUACGAGUUCCUAUCCUCCAACGUCAUCCAUCAUUGGCUCAUAAUUGCAUGUAUUUUUGUAUGCACACCUUUCCAAGUUUGUCUCUCACCGUGAAUUAUUUAAAUGUACGAGAGUCCGAGAAAAGUAUGAUUUCCCUUUCAGUAUUUUAACUUUUAAUCUCUAGUUUCAUUGAAGUAUUCUCUGUAUUUUUUUUCCUCUCUCUUUUUAAGCUUUUUCUUCGAAGUGUGAAACAGUGCAUAUUUUAAGAGAUAAAAUAGAAGACAUGAGCGUUUCUUUGAAAGCCUCACUAAAUAUGCUAGCAUGACAUUAUUUUAUGGGAUUAUUGAUAGAUAGAUUAAGUUUGAAGUAAAUUUUCAAUGCUAAUGUAAUUCAUCAAUAACAUCGGACUUUUCACAAUACUUCUAAAAUCAGUACAAAAUUUCAGUGUUUGUGAGUGUGUUUUUCUCAUUUUGUUUUUUUUGCUCCAAAAGUUUUCCCUGUGCUAACCCUCUCAUCGUCAAAAAUUUGCAAGUUGUCGCAUUUGAAAGUUACUAGUCUGGUCAAGUGGUUCAUCGUAGCAAGGAAUCUUUCUCUAUGUAUUUAUCUCUUCCUGCUGAAAAAACGAACCAAAAUUUCGGCCUGAAUUGACGACUCAGUAAGUAGAAAGGAGAAACAAUUCAGCAGCUUAAAACUUUUUUGACUUCGAGAGGAUUAGAGAAUUUGCAAGACUGUGAUAAGUUAUUUUCUUCUUCAAUCAAGUGUAUUUUCCUUGUAUCUAACUUUCCUCCUCCCCAUUUUUCCAAAAAUAUCUAAAUCAUUCUGUAUAAUAUCUUUCAAAAUGUACAUUGGACAGAUCAUUUUCACUGAAAAAAUCCAUAAUUAUUAUGCAUUUCUCGCCGUAAUUAAAGUUUCAAAUAAUUUGUUCCUUUUAUAUUCAUGCAUUUUUCAGCCUUUGAUUUCAUCUAUUUGUCUUUAAUUUUUAUCAGCAAAAUACUUAUUUAUUUAUCUAUUUAUUUAUUUAUUACAUUAAUGUCAAUAUAUUUUUCAAUAUAGAUAAAUUAUACGCUGACUUCUUGUGGUCAUUACGUUUUUCAAGAGCAAAAAUAUGAAAAUUUGAUCUUGUACUGACAGUCAAACUGACCCUCUGAAGGCACUUAUGAUUAGAUUCUCAAUUAUUACUACAAAAGACUUUUUUUUAUAAUAAGAAUUUAAUAAGCACGUAGUCUUCUCAUUUACUGCCGAAAAAACUUUUUGCCUCUGAUUUUGUCUAACAGUAUCUUUUUUUAUUGGAAAAGUCUGUACCAUCUCAAAAUGGUCCAUCCUUCUCAUGAAAAUAAAAUGCACUCUUUGCAAAUAGAAAUGUUAUUAUCAAAUGAGGAAUCUAUUUUUAGUUUUAAACAGAAAAAAAACCUUUAUGAUUGUUUUAGCUGGGUAAAUUUUAUAUUCAAUUGUGAGUGUAAAGAAUGUUCUUUUUUUUCUAGCCUCAUAGGAAAUGAUUGAAUCAUUAAAGUAUGAUUUUCUCUCAAA